AAGCCUAAAGUCAUUACAACAAGAAGGCGACACCACAAGAAGAAAGCCCAAAACGACAACCUUUUUUUUUUCGUUCUCUAUAUGGAAGCUGUCGGCCGGAAUAUGGCGAACCAGUUUGCAAACUUGAAGGAGACUGAGCUCUGCCUCGGCUUACCCGGCGCCGGAGAUCUCACCCUUAAAGCUUUCGGCAAGAGGGGUUUCUCUGAAACUGUUGAUCUGAAGCUUAACAUUCAGAGCAAGGUUGGCGGUGGAGUCGAUGUCAACGAGAAUAUUAAGAAUAUUCCAGCGAACGUUGGCGGUCAGAAGAGCCUCGGCUCCAAGGAUCCGGCUAAGCCUCCUGUCAAGGCACAGGCUGUGGGUUGGCCUCCGGUGCGAUCGUACCGGAAGAAUGUCAUGGCGCAGAAGAACACGAGCGGAGAAGGAACGGAGAAAGCGAGCAGUGGCAGUGCCGCUGCAUUCGUAAAGGUUUGCAUGGAUGGAGCUCCAUAUCUUCGCAAGGUGGACUUGAAAAUGUACCAAUGCUAUCAAGAACUUUCAGAUGCCUUGGCCAAGAUGUUCAGCUCAUUCGCAAUGGGUGAUUAUGGUACCGAAGGAACGAUCGACUUCAUGAAUGAAAGAAAGUUGAUGGAUCUUCUCAAUAGCUCUGAGUUUGUUCCAACUUAUGAAGAUAAAGAUGGUGAUUGGAUGCUUGUUGGUGAUGUUCCAUGGGAGAUGUUUGUAGAUUCAUGCAAGCGUUUGAGAAUCAUGAAAGGUUCGGAAGCUAUCGGACUAGCCCCAAGAGCCAUGGAGAAAUGCAAAAGCAGAAGCUAGAAGAGA